AUGUCGGUAGAGGAGCAGACUCCGGCAGCGACUGUCGUGCCGACUUCGAAAGCGGAACCGCAUUCCUUGAGAAAGAACGGAAAGCAAUGGCACAAUCCAAAGAAGCCAUUUCGGCCAGCUUCUGGUCAGUCAUCCUACGCCAAGCGUAAGGAACGCGAUGCAACCAAAGCAGCCAACAAAGCCCUUGAGCAAGAAAUGAAGGAGGAAAAAGUGGCCGAGCGUGAUCGAAGAAUCCAGGUAAUCAAAGACCGCCGGAACGCAAAGGAGGAAAAGGAGCGUUACGAAAAGAUGGCCGAGAAAAUGCACCAGAAGAAAGUCGAGCGGAGGAAGCGGAGGGAGAAGAGGAACAAACUACUCAACAGCUGA